AUGGAGCAAAAAGACGAGUUAACUGUUUACUGCAAAAUGACGAACGAUUCUUUCUAUAUUUCUAUCUCCUGUAUCUAUCUAUCUAUCAUAAUCAAUUCAUAUUUAUCUAUCUCAACAUGUUCAUAUCUAUCUAAAUAUAUUCACAUCUAUCUCAAUCUGUUCAUAUUUGUCUAUCUAAUGCCUAUCUCAAUCUAUCUAUCUAUCUAUCUAUACAUUGAUUCUCUUUUUUUUUCAAUAUAUAUUAUAUUCGAUGUCUUGCCCUUUCUUCUUUUCUUUUCUUUUCUUUUCUUUUCUUUUCUUUUCUUUACUUCUUUUCUUUUUUUUUUUUUUCUUUUCUUUUCUUUUUUUUUGCUCCUUUUUACAAUUUCUUUCUUUCCCUUUUCUUCCUUUCUUUUAGAACCUCUUUUUUUUCUUUGCUUUUUCUUUUUGAUACUUUCUUUUCAGGGACAUUUCUUUUCGGACUUUUUUUCUUUCUUUUCUUUUUUCUUUUCUUUUUUUUUUUUUUUUAUUUCUUUUCUUUUUCUUUUCUUUUCUUUUCUUUUUAUUUCUUUCUUUUCAUUCUUUUCUUUUUUUCUUUUUUCUUUUCUUUUUUUUUUUCUUUCUUUUCUUUUCUUUCUUUCUUUUCUUUUUUCUUUUCUUUUUCUUUUUCUUUUUUUUUUCUUUUCUUUCUUUUCUUUUCUUUUUUUUUCUUUUUCUUUUCUUUUUUUCUUUUCUUUUCUUUCUUUCUUUUUUUUUCUUUUCCUUUUCUUUUUCUUUUCUUUCUUUUCUCUUUUAUUUUUAUUUUCUUUUCUUUUCUUUUCUUUUUCCUUUACAAUUUUUUUUCCUCUUCUUUUCUGUUUUUUCUUUCUUGUUGACACUUUCAGGGACAUUUCUUUCGGACUUUUUCUUUCUUUCUUUCUUUUUCUCUUUUUCUUUAUUUCCUCUUUUAUUUCUUUUUUCAUUCUUUUUUUUUUCGUUAUUUCUUUCUUUCGUUCGUUUUUCUGUUCUUUUUUCUUUUCUUUCUUUUUCUUUUUCUCUUUUUCUUCUUUCUAUUUGCUUUUUUUUUCUCUCUCUCUUUCCUUCUUUUUUCUUUCUUUCUUUUUCUCUCUUUAUUUCUUUAUUUUGUUCGUGUUUCUUUCUUUAUUUUUUCGUUCUUUUUCUGUCUUUCUUUCUUUCUUUCUUUCGUUCUUUUUCUCUCUUUCUUUCUUUUUUCUUUCCUCUCAUACAUUUCUCUGUUUCUUUUUCUUUCCUCAUUUCUAUCUCUCUUUGUUUAAUUUUGCUAUUCUUUCUUUCUUUUUCUUUCUUUCUUUCUUUUUCUUUCUUUCUUUCUUUUUCUUUACUCUCUUUUUCAUCCUUGUCGCUAAUUUUAUAUUCCAUUACUCUUUAUUUCUUUCUACGUUUAAUUUGGUUUUUAAUGUCUUUCUUUCUUUCUUUCUUUCUUUCUUUCUUUCUUUCUUUCUUUUUUUCUUUCUUUGUCUUUCCCAUCACCAUUUUUGCCCCGUGCCUCUCAUUGUGUUCGUUUAG